AAAUUAAUUAUUCAAUCCAGUUUCUUGCUUGUUUUGGCUUGGCUUUGGCCCGAUGAUCCUCCCCGCAAUUCCAUAUCAAUUCUGGAUAAUGAAGAAACCAAAGCUUGUUCAAGCAUGUUUCUGAAUUCCUUUGCUAAAAUCUUCCUCCGCCACAUUUCUACCACCAGCAGCACCACAAGGAAGCUCCUGAAAUCCUCAAAAAUCCCCCAAAGGUACCAAAAGUUCGCUGUCCGUGAAGCCCAGAAAGUCCUCACCGAUUACCUUCACGAAACUCGAUGCUUGCCGUUUGUGUUAGCGGAUCAGAUUGCAAAGAACUCCCUCCUUUCCCUCGUUAACCUCAUUGUGAAGGUGGAUUUCUCGGCCUCCACUUUCUCGAGAAAUUUCGAGAAAUACCUCAGGUACAACCCCAUCGAUGAGUUCGAAUUUUUCUUUGAAAGCAUAGGCAUAGACUACAAUAAUGGCGUUUCUGAGUUGUUGCCUCCGAAUAAGGUCUUCUUUUCUGAAGAUGGGUCACUUCUGGAGGCAGCUCGCGCCCUUUCAUUUUUUGGGUUUCCGUGGGAUAAGCUGGGUAACUUGUAUAAGGAAUGUAGUUCCGUGUUCAGGAGAAGUUCCAAAGAGUUGGGGUCUAAACUCUAUGAGUUUAAGAAGCGCGGGUUUGGUAAUGUUGAAGUGGUUGGUAUAUGUCUAGCUUUCCCCAAUAUCUUGGGUAAGGAAGGUGAAGAGGUUGAUGGCGAAAUUGAUGGCCUGUUUACUGAUCUGAAGUCAGUGUUUUUUGAUUUUGAAUUGGCAAGAUAUGUCGAAGGAAAUAUAGAUUCUUGGCAUGAAGUAUGUAGAAAAAUUCGGGUGUUCUAUAAUUUAAAUGGUGAGAAGGGAAAGUUAGGGGAGCUCAUGGGAAGGGCAAAAACCAUCUUUAUUGAAUAUGGAGAAGAUGAGUUGAUUCAAAAGGCAGAGUAUUUCUGUAGAUUUGGUGUCCAAAAAGAGGAAGUAGCACUUUUACUUUUAAAAGCCCCAGAGUUGUUGAAUCUUGAUUUGCAGAUGCCAGUGGUUUCUGUAUCAAAGCUAUUGAAACACUUUGGCUUGAGCCCUAAAAUUCUGGAGGAUGUUAGUAAAAAAUAUGAUCAUGUAUUGGGGACGAACAAGAUGGAUAAUCUGCCUAAUGUAAUGAGAGCUUUGGAUUUACAUGGAUGGUUCUUCAACAAGAUGAAGGAUGGAAAUCAUAACUUGUUAAUAAGUUAUCUUGCAACCCAUCCUAAUGAAGAGAAGGAUAAAGAGUAUCAAGCCGGCUUAACGAUGAUUUGUGCUUCCAGUUCCCGAAAUCAUAUGUUGAGCAAAUUGAAUUUCUUACAUGGCUUGGGCUUUGGAGAAAAUGCUGUAACUAUAGACAUUGCAGCUUACUUGCAUGGCUAUAGUUGGAAGUUACAGAAAAGAUUCUUCAUAUGCUCUGGCAGCUUGUUUUUUGUUUUUCCCUUGUCUGGAUUAUGCUCCAUCAAUGGCGUCCCUAGCACCCCUUGCCCUGAGGGCUCAUGGAGGAAUGUGAAUUGCUGUCUGUGCAAGGCAGCAGCCAGGGUUCAAACUUGUGACAGAGUUGUUAAGAAGGAACUGGGAAUAUCUUAUCUUGCAAGGCUGCGUUUCCGUUUAAAAGAUCCUAAGUGUUAA